UCGGGUCCGCCCAGCUUUCUGCGGCCCCACGUGUUUCUCCUGGAGGCCUACUGUUAGCUGCAGGUUCUGCUGUAGGUGAAGUUUCCCAGGUGUGGAGUGCAGAAGCCUCCCGAGGCCGCGAGGACGUCACUAUGCCCAAAGCACUAAAGGGAAAAAGUGGAGGACAGGAAAAAAAAGUCGUCCAUCCGUAUAGUAGAAAAGCAGCUCAAAUUACGAGGGAGGCCCACAAACAAGAAAAAAAGGAAAAGUUGAAGAAUGAAAAAGCAUUGCGUCUCAAUCUUAUUGGUGAAAAACUGCAGUGGUUUCAAAAUCAUCUUGAUCCCAAAAAAGGAGGAUAUUCAAAGAAAGAUGCUUGUGGAUUAAUUGAAAGGUACUUAAAUCGAUUCAGCAGUGAGCUGGAGCAGAUUGAGUUACAUAACAGCAUCAGAGGCAGGCAGGGGAGGCGGCACUGUUCCCGGGAGACAGUCAUCAGGCAGACGAUGGAGCGCGAGCGGCAGCAGUACGAAGGAUACGGCCUCGAGAUUCCAGAUAUUGUAAAUGCAGGUAAUCUGAAAACUUUUAGGGAAUGGGAUUUUGAUCUGAAGAAAUUGCCAAACAUUAAAAUGAGAAAAAUAUGUGUUAAUGAUGCCGUUCCUAAAAAGCGCAAAAAGGAAACUAGCACAGCUGUUGACGAAGACUUAGGGGACUUGGAACUAAAUGAUGAACCAAGUGACUCAGAUGAAGAAAUGACUGCGGUGGCCUGAUUGUUCUUCACUUGAGUUGAAAAUAAAUAACUUGAGAGCCUCAAGUUACACUUGAACUGAUUAUAGCAAAUAAUUGCCUAGACACAAGGAUUUGCUAUUUAGCUUCUUUUACAUGAUGAGAAUCCCACUUGCAGUUUAAAAUAAUGUUACAAUUUUUAUUUAAAAAUUAAUAUUGUUUUUUUAAUUUACAUUAAAUUGCUAAAAUAGUCCCAGCUGGUAUGGCUCAGUGGAUUGAGCGCCGUCCUGAGAACCAAAUGGUCACCCGUUCAAUGCCCUGCCAGGGCACAUGGCUGGGUUGCGGGCCAGGUCCCCCCCUAGUAGGGGUGUGUGAGAGGCAACCACACAUUGAUGUUUCUCUCCCUUUCUUCCUCCUUUCCUCUGUCUCUAAAAAUCAAUAAAUGAAAUCAUUAAAAAAAGAUUUAAAAAUAAGAUUCUCUGAAAAUUGGGGAAAUUAAAUCUAAAAAACAUUUAAAAAUAAAUUGCUAAAAUAGUGAAAUAAAACAGUGAUGUCUAAGAUCUAUUUUACCUAGAUAAAAUAGGUAGUUGGGCUGGAAAGAGCAAUGUAAAUAAGGAGAAAAAAUGAUUUAAUGUUUUCCUCAUGUCUAGGAUCACGCAAUUGCCCAUUUUGGGGCUCGGACAGCAGCCUGGUCUCAGAAAGGGUCUGUGGGCAUGCGAGUAGCGAUGAUAGCAGAAAUGCCCCAGCACUAACGUUUCACUAAUCUCCUUCUUAAACUUGAAGCCUGUUUUCUUAUGAAAUAGGGAUAAUUUGAUGUGGAAAUCAUAUACUGAUGGAUUGUACAUUAUUUUUAUUUAUUGUAUUUGAGUCAGAGUUAAGUGGUAAAAAAAUGCAGGGACUGUCACUUUUUUUGUCGAUCUCCCACACUUCAUUGGCUGUCUUUUGUUAAAGGGGUAGCUCUUCUGUGUAUUAUUUUCCGCUUUCUUAUUGUGAAAAGUGGUAGGUUUUAUUUGUGGCAACAGACCUAAAGAUUAAAGAAUCAGUUUUUUCAA